AUGUCUGACGAGCUGACCACCAGCGGUCAAUCCGCGCCUGCCACGAAGGAGGAGGUCGAGAAGAAGGUUCAGGGAACCUCGUCUACCGCCAACGCGAAAACAUCCGAGUCCGACGCAGCUGCUGAGGGCAACACCGAGGAGGCGCAGGAGGAGGGCGCCAAAAAGACAAACUCUGACACCAAAGACGCUGAAUCAUCCGGUAAGACGGAUGAGCCAUCCAAGGACGAAGAUGCGGAUGUCGAUAUGAAGGAUACCACCAAUGCAUCUGAGGCUAAGGACGCUUCCGAGAACGCCGCUGCUGAUGCUGACGCCGCCGAUGCGACAGCCGAUAAGUCCAAGUCGCGUCGCAGGUCGUCUGGUAUUUCAGAGCAUAAAGGAAAGAAGCUCAACAAGAAGGCUUCCAAGGCCAAGUUCUUCCACACCAAUGCGCAGCCUGGGGACCACUUCCUUGUCAAGCUCAAGGGGUAUCCUCAAUGGCCCGUCAUUAUCUGCGAUGAGGAGAUGCUGCCUGAGACCUUGCUCAAGAGUCGCCCCGUCACAGCAAAGCGUGCUGAUGGCACAUAUCGUGAGGACUAUGCCGAUGGUGGCAAGCGACAGAACGACCGCACGUUCCCUGUCAUGUACCUUCGCACGAAUGAAUUUGGCUGGGUACCAAACUCUGCGCUUCAGGAGCUAUCCUCUGAAAAGGCUACCGAGCUUCUUACCGACAAGGUGAAGAAGGUUGAACUGCGUGACGCCUUUGAACUUGCCAUUGAACAGCACCCACUCGACCAUUACAAGGGCGAACUGCAGAAGUACCAAGACGAGCUUGCUCAGAAGCAGGCUGCCAAGGAUGCCAGAGAAGCUGCAAAGAAGAACAAGAAGAAGGCUCCUGCGGUCAUUGAUGAUGAGGAUGUUGACAUGGCUGAUGCUGCUGACGAAGACGUCGCUGAGCCCAAAGAGAAAACUAAGACUAAGAAGCGUAAGGCUGAUGAAGAAGCUGUCAGCACUCCGGCACGGACUGACUCCGCCAAGAAGCCAAAGAUCAAGCUGAACACAUCCUCCACUCCCAAGACAACGAACGGCACAGCGACACCGAAGUCUGGCAAGGAAUCGGCUGCAAAGCCGCCAAAGCCCAAAUCGGCAAAGAAGGACAGCGUUGAGAAAAAGGCAGAAAAGGUGGCUCCCAAGGAGCCUGAGCUCACCGCUGAAGAGAAGCACCAUCGCAAAGAGAAAGAGGUUCUUUUCCUGCGCCACAAGCUCCAGAAGGGUCUCCUGACAAGAGAUCAAGAGCCUAAGGAGGAAGAGAUGAAGUUGAUGUCGGAAUACAUCACCAAACUCGAGAGCUUCGCAGACCUCGAGGUCUCGAUCAUUCGCGCAACCAAGAUCAACAAGGUCCUCAAGGCCAUCUUGAAGCUUGACACGAUUCCGAAGGAAGAAGAGUUCAACUUCAAGAGCCGGUCGCAGACGCUACUGGAUAAGUGGACCGAGAUAUUGGCCGGAGGCAAUGCUGCGGCAGCAUCUGUAACCCCUGCCCCCACCAAUGGUGUCAAUGGCACCAAGAGUGAGGAGAAGAAGGACACGCCUGCUGCCUCGGAGGGUUCAAAGGAGACGAGCAAGGGUACGGAGAAGUCCAAUGAGGCUGACAAGCCCGCCGACAAGGAGGACAAAGAGCAAAAGAACCAGAAGUCUGCGGAGCCCGAGACGGCAGAAGAGGCGCCCAAAAAGGCUGCUGAAUCGGUUGAGAAGUCCGCUGAAGAGCCGGCACUUGCAGCCCCAGAACCAGUCGAGGCCAAGGCUUAG